UGUAGAGUUAGUAGGGGGCAGUAAACCGCAAGGUUCACCCUGAGGCACUUCAGCAACCAGCCAUAGCCUGCAAACCUCUGAAACUUGUCUUUGCCCCAGAUGGAGCCCAGCGAAGCCACUGGGAAAGAAAACAUGGGAACCAAGAAAAAGAAUCUGCCCUUCCUGAGGUCCAGGCUGUACAUGCUGGAGAGAAGGAAGACUGACACGGUGGUGGGGAGCAGUGUUGCUGGGGACCCCUCUGGCACCUUGAGGAGGAGCCAGUCCGACAGGACCGAAUACAACCUGAAACUACAAGAAAAGAUGACUCCACAGGCUGAGUGCUCAGCAGCUGAGACCCUGACUGCAGAGGAAGAGCAUCAGACAACGAGGAUGAUGGCAAAGAGAGCAAAAGUCAUCCAGGAGCUGAUACAGACAGAAAGGGAUUACCUCAAUGACUUGGAGCUCUGCGUCAGGGAGGUUGUUCAGCCCCUGAGAAACAAACAGAUUGACAGGCUGGACAUGGAGAGCUUGUUUAGCAACAUUGAGUCGGUGCAUCAAAUAUCAGCCAAGCUGCUGUCCUUGUUGGAAGAGGCUACGACCGAUGUGGAACCGGCCAUGCAAGUAAUCGGAGAGGUAUUCUUACAGAUUAAAGAGCCGCUGGAAGAGAUUUAUAAAACAUACUGCUAUCACCAUGACGAAGCGCACAGUGUCCUGGAGUCCUAUGAAAAGGAAGAAGAGCUAAAGCAACAUUUGAGCCACUGUAUCCAGUCCUUAAAGAAAAUAUACAUGCAUGAAGGCAAACCGAAUCUACUGGACAUGGGCUCUUUGAUGAUCAAACCAAUUCAGCGCGUGAUGAAAUACCCCCUGCUGCUGUGUGAACUGCUGAAUUCCACCCCUCCCUCUCACCCAGACUACAGGGCCCUGGAGAAUGCCUUUGCAGCUGUGAAGGACAUUAAUGUUAACAUCAAUGAACUUAAAAGAAGGAAAGACCUAGUUCUAAAGUAUAAGAAGAAUGAUGAGGAUGAAUCACUUAAAGACAAAUUGUCUAAGCUAAAUAUUCAUUCAAUUAGCAAGAAAUCAAAAAGAGUGACAAAUCAUCUAAGGAUUUUGACCAGAGGAGAAUCACAGGUAAAAGAUAAUACCUUUAACAAGGAAGAAAAACUAUUCAGGUCUUUAGAAAAGACUGUGAGGCACUGUGUGAAGAAUAUUUCAUUCUCUCUUCAACAUAUACAGGAUGCCAUGCCCUUCGCUCUGCAGAGUGUAACAGGGCUCCAGGAGAUUUUGUACAGGAAUGAAGAGGAGAAGAGCCAUGUAGAAACCUCAGGCAAUGCCCAGAAUCCCUGUCAAGACUUUGUAGCUCACUUGCAGAGACUCGUUCUGGCCCCUCUGUCAGCCUUGCUGUCCUUAUUCCCAGGGCCCCAGAAGCUCAUCCAAAAACGCUAUGACAAGCUACUGGACUACAACAGCUACCUGCAGCGGUCAGUGGAAGAUGAGUCAGACUUGGCCAAAAGGGAGUAUGAGGCCCUCAAUGCCCAGCUAGUGGAAGAGCUCCAGGUAUUCAACCAGGCUGCUCGCAAGAUCCUGUCAAACUGUCUACGCAGUUUCAUCACCCUUCUCGGAGACCUGAUGCUCAUGGCACAGCGAGCAUACUCCACAAUCAAGCCGGGGCCGCUGUUGGUCUUCAGCAUAUCUGAGAUUCAAAAUCAUGUACUAGAAGAAAUUCAAAAUCUGAGUUUUGUGAAGGACAACAGUGCUACCUUUAUUGAGAGAAAACUUAGCUUUGAGAAGAAGAAGCCUACACAGAUUGUGGCAGAAGUGCCACGUCAAACUGACCUUCACCGCUCCAAACUCCUGUCCACGUACAGUUCAGAGGAGCUCUACCAAGCUAAGCGCAAGUGCAACGCCACACAGGAGCAUGACAUCAAUCUUCUGGAGGGAGAACUGGUGGCCGUGAUGGAGCAGAAAGACCCACUAGGGAGUACAAGCAGGUGGCUUGUUGAUGCAGGACGUGCAAAAGGAUAUGUGUAUUCCUCCUUCCUCAGACCCUACAACCCGGCCAAAGUGCAGAAAGUGGAUGCCGGGAACAGGUUCUGUGAGGACGAUUUUGACAACAUCAGCCUUUUUGUGUCUUCGCGGCCAGCCAGUGACAGUGUGACCGGCACUCCAGAAGGCAGCAUAAGUGACAGCAGCUCAUCUCUUAGUGGAACGUGUGGGAAGUGUGAAACAAAUGGCACUGAUGUGGAUAGCUUUCAGGAGUUUGAUGAACAGAUUUUCUAUGCUGUCCAUGCUUUCCAAGCACGGAGCGAACACGAGCUCAGCCUUCAGGAGUACCAGAGAGUCCAUAUACUUAGAUUUUGUGAUCUCAGCGGAAAUAAAGAAUGGUGGCUAGCUGAAGCACAAGGGCAGAGAGGCUAUGUGCCGGCUAACUACCUUGGGAAGAUGACGUAUGCUUAAGAAAAGAUUCCUUGACCUUCAUUUCCUGGCAGACUGCUGACUGACUACCUCAUAAACCCGGCAUUCUGAAACUCUGCUCCAGAAAGCAAGAAAUCCUCACACUCUGGAUUGAUGAUGUAUCAGGUUUUAAGGAAACUGUACUUCUUCAUAGGAUGAUUUAAUGAAUGUAUUAUAAAAAACAACUUUUGAAAGAAAUACUAAGCCAAUGGAAACAGUGAAGCAAAAAGCCCUAAGGUUGGA